AUGCAACACCUACCUGCCUGUAAGAAGACAGCCUUCGAAAGAACACUCAAACUGUUAGAAAGCGCUGGCGCAACCAUCGUCCACAACGUCACCGUCACCGGCGCAAAGGGCUGGGAGGCUCUUCCGCAAGAAGCAAAAGACAUCGUUUUGACUACCGAUAUGAAGGUCGCAAUAAACGACUACCUCUCCUCCCUCGCCACAAACCCGCAUAACGUGCGUAACCUCGAAGACCUCAUCGCGUUCACAAAAGGACACCCAGCGGAGCAGCACCCACAGCGGAACGUCGAGGGUUUGGAGAGGGCGCAGGCUUCCGAUCCGAACGAUAUGCUCUACGAGAACAUGCUGGCGAGAGACGAGUACUACACAGGUGAAGGCGGUAUCGACGCUGCGUUGUGUAGGAAGUGUUGCGAUGUCAUGCUCGUGCCUACGUUGAGUGUUACCAUGCAGAGCUUUGCUGCGAAAGCGGGCAGUCCGGUUAUGAGUGUGCCUAUGGGUGUUUUUCCGCGAGAUACGCCUGUGGAGGAGGACGCGAGGAAUGGGUUGGUUAAUGUGGCGCCUGGGAUACCGUUUUCGGCGUAUAUCUUUGGGCGAGCGACGAAGGAUGAGGAUGUGGUUAGAGUGGGGCGUGUGCUAGAGCGGUUGACGAAUGUUAGGGAGACGCUGGUGCCGUAUGUAGAUUUGGAGGCUGGGGCUGGGGUCGCUGCGGCGCCUUAA